AUGACAGUAGGCGUGUUCGUAGGUAGAAUCAAGGUUGGGCGUCUGCUUGAUAGGGAACUGCAGGAUGAGUUUGUGAGCAGCAAGUCCAAUCCUAUCAACUACAGCAAACACUCAAUGUACUUUGGAACCUGGAAUGUUUUAUCUUUAGUCAGCUCAUCUUCACAGCUUUAUCAACUCAGUCAGAACAUUGAUCACUACAGUCUUGAUAUUUUGGGUAUUACUGAAACUCAUAUGCCAGGAUCUGGAAAGCGGGUCUUAACAGCUAGGUUACACGGCAAACACCUCAACAUAUCUGUUGUUGUAGCCUACGCUCCGACUGACGGUGCUGAUGACGGAGAGAAAGAUCGUUUUUACAACGUUUUAUCAGACACGUUUGGUGAACUGCCCCGACAUGAUCUGAAACUGCUACUGGGUGACUUCAAUGGAAAAGUUACUUCAAACAGAUAUGGUUUCGAGGGAGUUAUUGGUGGAGAAUCUCUCCAUAGUUCAUCAAGCGACAAUGGGACCAGGCUCAUGGAUUUCUGUGCAGCCAAUCAACUUGUUAUUGGUGGAACUCUGUUCCAGCAUAGAGACAUCCACAAGGGUACAUGGCGGUCUCCUAACGGGUUAACUUCGGUAGCUAAGAUCACUGCUAAAAGGCACGAUGUGCCUGCUAUCGAACAUUUGCGAAACUCGUCUAAGGUUCAAGAGUACAACGUGGCUCUUCAGAACCGUUUUGAUUGUCUGGCUAAUGAGGUCAACCUUGAGGACAUGUGGGAUAAUUUCAAGCAGACAGUCACUGAUGUCUCGAUGGAAGUGCUUGGAAAGCGUCCCCGGAAGGUUAAAGAACAACACCUUUCGCAAACCUCUAAGAACUUGAUAGAGCAACGGGGAAUGUUCAAACGGAGGGAUCCCACUUCAAACGUCAAUAGAUCAGCCUACUCUAAACUUAAUAAAUUAGUUAAGAAAAGUUGUAAAAUUGACGACAACAACUGGGCUACUAAAAUAGCGACUGAUCUAGAGGAGGCUUCUAAGAAAGGCCAGCAAAGGGAAGUUUAG